GUCCAAGCAAGUCUUUUGAACCAUUGCCAUUCGCAUUCGAGGGGUGUCUGCAAUUGCCUGCAACAGGCCACGAUUGCACUUCCUGAAAUUGUCGCCAGAUUCUCUCGGGGAAGGAGCGACAACGAAAUGCCUCCGAGCUCAACCGCCAGACGAGGGCCCAGCGUUUUAGUCCAGGAACCUCGCGACGGCAGACCCGCGCCCGUAAGAAGACAGCCUUCUCGAUUCAUCACGGUGGAUAGUGUCCUCCAAUAUGCCUCCGACAUCCCCUCCAUGCAACAAAGACAACCUCAACGACCCAGACCCUUCAGGACAGGAUCGGGGAAACCCAUGGAUCCCAGACUCACCGGUCGCUACAUGGGUCCUCGUGUGCCCGCUCGGUCUACCAAGACAUCCGAGAAAUUAGUUCUGCUACCGGAGGCCGUAGAGGAAGAAGAUGAGAAAGGAGAUUUUGGACUUGAUUCAGACAAAGGUCCUCCCAAGGACGACGAGGAUUUCGGGAAGCCCGGAAAAGAGGGUGUCAAGAGCUAUGCUGAAAGGUUGCCAAAGGCCAGACGGACCGAGAAAGAAUUACCCAGAGUGACAGCAUACUGUACCGCGCAAGCCUACAAGUUGCAGUCAGUUGCGACGUUUGUCCGUCAGCGACACGGUGCUCGGGCCAAACUCUACGACGACUGCUUAUACUGUGCUUAUCAUCUACCGUUACUGCCAGGCACGGAGGGUUAUCGACUACUUAGUAGUCCUCCCGUCAAGAGCGCAAAAGGCGGAACCGUGCUGGACGAGGCGAUCGAACGCAGUGAACAAAGAGAUUAUCAACAAACAUAUUAUGCCGAAGAGGAAGAACAGCACUCGGUAAGAGGCAAUUAUACACCAGAAGACCACUCGUCCGAGUCGAAUCGGGAUGAGUCGGAUCUCGAUAGGCCUCGGCUGAACGGCGAGCGAAGGGACAGUAACCAUUCUCAGAGGUCAACUAGCCCUGGACCAGCCAGCGUUCCCGUUGAUGCUCAUCGAUACGCCGAAAUGUUCGUCCUGGACUAUGGAGUUGUCGUCUUCUGGAAUUUUACCGAGAGACAAGAGAAAGACGUCCUUGCCGAUUUUGCUUUCUCGACAACUGUGGACCCCGUUACCAAUGCUGUCUCUCCGCUUGUUCUGACCACCAAUGCUCUGGACGAGGAAGACUUUGAAACCGAGGAAUUUCACUUCGAGUACAACAACGAGAUCUCCCGGCCACGAGUCUACAACGACAUGAUUACCUUGCGCAGCGGCGACCAUAUGAUAAAGCUAGCCAUCAGUCAUGCCAUUGCACAGAGUACCAAGUUGAGCUUCUUCGAAGAAAGAAUGGCAGCCCAGAUGGAAGAAGCAAAGGACGUGCCAGGCAGGCUUGCCAAAACCGGUGAACUUGGAUUGAAGAGAGAAGAAGUCAUCAAAUUGCUUGGUGGUCUUUUCAAGAGCCGGGUUGAAGUCAACCUAUCGUCUAACGUACUCGAUGUUCCCAACCUGAUCUGGGAUAGCGAACCGACUCUACACCCCCUCUACAACGCAGUCCGUGAAUACCUGGAAAUCAAGCCUCGUAUACAAGUCCUUAACGAAAGGUGCCGUGUGUUCCUGGACUUGGCCGAAGUCUUAUCAGACUACAUAUCCGAUGACAAGAUGUCAAAAAUCACCUGGAUCAUCAUUGUGCUGAUCUGCAUAUCGAUCCUGGUCACCUGCUCUGAAGUAUUCUUGCGCUUUGGAAUGCUCAGCACGAAAGGCCCAAAGGUCUCUAAAGCUCUGCCAGGGCUGACGAUCAGCAAUGAGCUAUGAAAUAAGGUCGUGCUCGUUGAUUGGUUGUGGUGAUGUCGUAUAUAUUUAUGCUAGCAUGGUGUUGGAAGGCGCCGAGGCCGUUGCAGCCGAAGGGAAAUUUAAUAUUGCUUCUUUGCAACAAAGCACUUGAUUGACGAUUCGGUAUCUCGGCGGUAAGCCGCAUAUCAAGAUAUGUACCACACUCCUUGGUUCCAGGUCUUGAUAGUGGCAAGGAAAACCCAGUCCGCUGACCCUCGUCUAUCUGUUGUUGAUGCCCACAUUACCUCUUGUGUGCGGGACAAGCGAUCUUGACAGCCGGCGUGGACAUGCUCCAGAAGCGGAGGUGACCGAGGCGCAUGUUGGAUGACAGGGGAUCUGUCCAGCAUUGGGGCCUCCUAUUUGCCGCUCGGUAAGGCCCAGAAGCACUAUCCGAGUUGUGUUGCGUCCGAAUGCUUCUUCCAAGCCUUGUCGCUGCCACACAGGAGAAUUCGCUUUCCCUUAUCACUUGGCGACAGUUCCAUUCAAUCUUGGCUCAAGCUUCAGCUGCCUUUCCUAGCAACCGCAACAUAGAUAUGAGCGCUGGAGAAGAGAUGGACAAGAUUUACGAUCACUUCAAUGGCAAGGUGCGGAUGGCCCAGCACUGACGACGUUACAGCCGGGCAAAUCAAUUACUUGAUACCCGCAAGGAUCGCCCGGUCUAGU